AUCACUUGUCAACAACCCGCUCGCCAUGUCUUCCGCCGAAGCGUCCACCUCAGCCCCAGUCACAAUAUCUGUUGCCCCCUCGAGGAACGGCAGAACACCAGGCAAGGCCCACAAGUCUGACAAGAGCGCCGUCCGACGAUCUUACAUCAGCCCCUCUAUUAAGACACCUUUCGACAAGCGCAAGGAGAAGGAGGCUGCUAUCAACGCCAACAAGACGCUCGAGAAGGAGUUGAAGGACGAGAAGGAAGCUGAGCGUCAAAGGAAAGUGAACAUCAUUAAGGAGCGCAGAGUAAAGAAGGAGGAGCGAGAAAGGGAAGCGGAGAUGAGGGCGAGGAUGUCGGCCAAGAAGCUCCAGAGGAUGAAGAAGAGACAAGGCAGAUCAGCGAAAAUCAACGGAUAAUGAUCUUUUUCGCCGUUUUCUCUGUCUGCUGCUCGACACUUCUCUCGCAUUGUACUUGUACAUUAUGCAUACAUAGGAUACCCUCACCACCAACUCUAUCAUCGAUUGGCCUUCCUGCCCCGACCCCAAAACUGUUCACCUGCUCCCUGCGACUUUCCUCACUACACCCCGG